AUGGCUAUGCCACCCUCCACCUAUCCCCGUCGCCUCCUGCCCCUCUUCCUGGGGCUGUUCCAGGGCGCCCUGCUCCUCUUCUUCGCCCUCUUUGUCACCUAUGAUGAGCCCUCAGCGCAGGAUACCAGCUUGGUGGCCAACCAGGUCUACAGCACCUUCCCCUUCUUCCAGGACAUCCAGGUGAUGCUGGUGGUGGGGCUGGGACUCCUGCUGACCUUCCUGCCCCGCUACGGGUUCAGCGCCCUCACCCACAACUUCCUCCUGCUCAACUUCUCCAUGCAGUGGGCGCUGGUGCUGCAGGGCCUGCUGCACCACUUCCACCAUGGCCAGAUCCACCUGGACCUGCACAAACUCCUCCUGUCUGUGUUCGCUGCUGUGACAGUGCUCAUCUCCGUGGGGGCCAUCCUGGGGAGGGCCAGCCCCUGCCAGCUGCUCGUCAUGGCCACCUGUGAGAUCCCCCUGUACCUGGCCAGCGAGUGGGUCAUUGUCACCUGCCUGGGCGUUCAGGAUGUGGGUGGCACCAUCACCAUCCACAUCUUCUCCUGCUAUUUUGGCCUUGGCGUGUCCAAGGCUCUGUUCAGGGCAACACAGCAGUCCCUGCACCCCAAGGAGACCCCAACAACCAGCUCUGACCUCAUGUCCGUGGUGGGGACACUCAUCCUCUGGGUUUUCUGGCCCAGCUUCGUGGCUGUCCUCUGCCAGCCGGGUGAUGCCCAGCACCGUGCCAUCCUAAACACCCUCCUGGCCAUGAGUGCCAGCGCCAUAACCACCGUGGUGGCCUCCGGCCUGCUGGACAGGGACGGCAAGCUCAGCCCCGGCCACGUGCAGAACGGCAGCCUGGCCGGCGGGGUGGCCAUCGGCGUGCUGGCCGACAUGGCCGUGCCCCCCGCGGCCGCCCUGGCCCUGGGCAGCCUCUCGGCCGUGCUCUGUGUCCUCGGCUUCAGGUUCCUCACCCCGCUCCUGGCGAGGAAACUCACGCUCCACGACCAGUGCGGCAUCCACAACCUGCACGGCUUGCCCGGCAUCCUCGGGGCCGCAGCCAGCGUCGUGGCCGUGCUGCUGUCCCCCGCUGGGGGCAAUGCCAGCGAGGCGGUGCUGGAGGGGCAGUGGGGGUCCCGAGGGGCGGGCGGGCGGGCGCUGUGCCAGGCGGCAGGGCUGGCCGUGGCCGUGGCUGCCUCGCUGCUGGCCGGGCUGCUCACCGGGAGCGCCCUCCGGCUGCCCGGCCUGGCCCGGCCGCCCGAGCGCCUCUGCUUCGAGGAUUCGCUGUAUUUUAAGAUCCACGAUCAGGCUGAGAGCCCGGGGCCAGACUGCAGCGCUGAGGAAGGAGCCCUGGCUCUGAAGGAGCAAGUUUAG